AUGGUUCAGGCAUCAGCUGUGCUCACAGCAGCGCUGGCGCACCUCAUCACCCGAGGCACCAUUCCCCCGUCCCCAUCCGUGCCCCCAUCCGUGCCCCCAGCCAACUUCUCCUCCAACUUCUCCUCGCGGGCAGCAGCCGUGGAGUUCACGUUUAAGGAGGACAGCGAAGAGCAGCGCGGGUGGGGGUUCUGGAACCAGUUAGCAGAUGGGGCAGACGAGGGGGAUGACGAGGAUGAAGGGGGUGAGGGGGACGAGGGGGAUGAGGAAGAUGAGGAGGGUAAAGCACGCAAGAUUGACAGGAUGAAUGAACUGCUAUAUGAGGCAGAUAGAGCAGGUGCGGAAGAUGAGGGGGAUGAGGAGGCAGGAGAGGGAGAUGGUGGGAAGCAUGCAGCAAGGUCCCGUGCAAAGUGGGCCCGUGCAAAGAGGGCCCGUCACGAGGAGGAGGAGACAACAAGCGAUCCCAACAGGGUGUUUGACCCUCAGGCGUUGCACCAAGCUGACCCUCAAGCGGUCCAGAACAGUGCAGCUGACCCCGAAGCGGUUCAGAACGGUGCUUCUGGGAAGGUGUCUGGGUCUGAUGGGAGUACACGCCCUACUGCUGGCGGCACACGGCCUGAUGAGAGGAGAGGGCAGGAGGUGGUGGGGGGGCAAGGCAGCAGGGGGACCAGAAGGAGGCGGGUGCAGCAGGGUGAGGGUGCCGAAGCAGAGGAGGGGGGGCAGCAGCUGCCUUCACUGGACCUGAAAAUGUGCCCGCUUCUCAACAUCUCCUACUGCCCUCCAUCCACUCUUCUCUCCUCCCCCUUUCGCCCCCUCUCAUCCCGGCAUUCUGCCCCCCUCCGCCCCUCUCCACAGUGCCCGCUUCUCAACAUCUCCUACUGCCCUCCAACCGAAACACCCCUGCAGCCAGAUCAGACCCUGGUGGUGGUGGCCUUCAACCCUCUCGCGUGGUCCCGCUCUGAAGUGAUUCGAUUCCCGGUGUCAUCCCCCUACCUCCUAGUCACAGACGCCUCUGGCGCCCCCAUCCCCUCUCAAAUACUUAUUGAAGCCCCUUUCUCCCCGCCCACCCGCCCCACUCCACCCACGUCGGGGCUAUGCGUUUCCUCCCCUGUCUACCACUUUUCACGGUUCCACCUUUUGCACUCCCUGGCAGUCACUGACGCCUCUGGCGCCCCCAUCCCGUCUCAAAUACUCCAAGAGACCCUCCUCUCCCCCUCCACCCGCUCCACCUACAUUGCUGCUUACACCGGUGUGGGGGGCAUAGUAGGGGAGGUGGAGGGGGAGGAGGAAGAGGUGGAGGGAGGGGAAGGAGGGGAGGAGGGAGGGGAGGAGGGAGAGGAGGGGGAGGAAGGGGAGGAGGAGGGAGGUGAGGGGGGGGGUGAGGAGGAGUGGGUGGAUUAUGGGGAUGGGCGAGGGCCGCAGCCGAGCCAUAAGCCGAAAAGGAAGCACCGGGAAAGGCAGACUAAGGAAGUGACGGGGAGAGAGCAGAAGAAGGGAGAGCAGAAGGAGGGGGAGCAAAAGGAGGGAGAGCAGCAGCAGCAGCAGCAGGCAGUGCUGUCGCUUGUGUUCUAUGCAGAGGUGCCUCCUCUUGGAUACGCAACCUUCUUUGUCUCGCCAGCAAGCCAAGGACGGGUGGGGGAGAAGGGAGGGGAAGGGAGCGGGCAGGAAGGGGAUGAUACUGUUGUGCUGGGUGGGUGGCAAGGUGUUGGGGACACUCAUGGUAGCGGUGCUGCUGGUGCUGACAGGGGUGGUGGGGAGCGGGCGGCGUUGCGUGUCUCGUUCUCCAAGUCAGCGGUGGGCAUGCAGCGCAUGGAGCUGGUCUCUCGCAGUGCAAAUGGCACCGAGGAGAUUGUGGUGAGUGGUGCUGCAUAA